AUGGCUGAUGCAGCGUUAGCACGUCGUGAAGCAAGGAGGAGAAAAAUAUUGGAAAAUUCUCACAAUAGACUUCAACGAAUAUCAGGGAAAUCAGGCGAUGAAAGCUGUAAAGAUUCAUUGGUGCAUUCUCCAAUUCCAGACUAUCAGGAUGUUGUCUCAUCUGAAUUUAGUAGCAGUAAGACGCUGUUAUCAAAUGGAGUAUCAAGUUCUUCCGUAUCACCCAUCAUAAGUUUGGGAAUAGCUUCACACGACAUAGUGAACCAGAAUGAAGUAAUCAAUGACUUAGCGACUUUAUUGCCUCAAAAUGUAUCUAAUGAUUCUAUUAACGAAACUCCUCAGGUAUCUUCCUUAUUGGAUAACAUUGUCUGUUAUAAAUAUGAUAUAGUUAUCUUAUCUUUGAUUAUCCAAAUUCUAUACAGCUUAUCAAUCAUUUCCAUAGAAGGAACAUAUUAUUUCCUACCAGUUUUUAUAUAUGCAGGCACAAAGAUGUAUUGGUUUUCUCAACAAAUGAAUUGUACUUCCAGUUUUGCCAAUGUCUUAAUGCUCUUGAAAGGAGUUUCAACAUAUAGGGUACAAAAAAUGUUGAAUGCAAUACAAAUAGUUAGUGCCAUUGGCUUAGAUUCUUGCAUCUUUUUGUUUACAACUAUUUGUGUACAAGCUAUUUAUAUUUUUAUAUCUGAAAUUUUUAUUAUAUAG